UGGGAAAGUGCAAGACUAGAAGCAGAAGCUAGACUUGUUCAAAAAUCAAAAGACUCAAAAAUCCUCUUCAAUAACAACAACAUUAACCAUAGUACUAUUUCCCAACAAUUACCUUAUUAUCAACCCCCUUGUCUUGACAUAUUAAAAGCAUGGCAAAUGUCUAGCACAAAAUUACCAACAAUAAAUGACAUUAGUGCCAUUCUUCUUAAUAAUUCGAGGAACAACAACCUCGAAUCAUCGAUACCCUCAACGUUAAAUUCCUCUGAGAAUUUGUUCGUGAACAAUAAUGUACCUACUACUACUGCAAAUGUUCGUGAUGAUCAUCAAAUUCCUCCUAAUUUGUCUACAUUCGAGUCAUGUUUUGAAGAUGAUCAACUCCAAACAGAUCUUCCAAGUUUCAUGCAAGAGUUUUCAGGGCUAUUUCCAGAAUAUUAUACACAAAAUUCAACAAAUAUACAAGUGGAUAAUUUCAUGGGUAGCUGCUCUGGAGAUAUUGAAGAUAAUAAGUUAAUUAAUUGGAACAAUUUUCCUCAUUAUUUGGUCAAUUCACCUAUAGGUUCUCCAUUAUUUUUCUGAUUGUUCAUUAUGUUCUAUAGAAAUUAAUUGAAGUUCGUUGAGUUCAGUUAGUUUUUAAUUUUAUGACGAUGGUAGGACAUUAGAUUUAGGCAGCAAAAUAGUUCGUUGUAUGUGGGCUUUUCAGAUGUUUUAUUGUUAAGUAUAGUCAUG